AUGAUCAGGAAGCAGGAGGGCCUUUCAAAGCAGCUUCGAGAGUGCCAGAGCUUAUUGGGAGAUGUGGAGCCUUUUGUCUCUGGGCACAUCGCUAAGCGUGUCAAAGUGGUCUUGCAACAUUUGGCCUCGGGAUAUUCCUCAGAUGAACUCUCGAAUGGGAACAACUCCCGUUUAACGACCUCCUCGCUGGCUGAGCUGGACAAACCAGCCAGCUCGCCAUCCUCCGUCGGGUCAUUGGAUGCAUUGGAUCAAGUAGAGGAUGAUAUUAAUCUGACUGAGGAAUCUAGAGCUACUGGGCAUAUCGGCAAGAGCUCUGAAAUUACCUGGAUGCAGCGACUGCAAAAGGCAGCGGAAGAUCGGCGUCAAGACAAAGACACCGCGGCCACUCCGGCCGACGCAAUUAAUGACCAGCCCCAUGAUUUAAAUUAUCAUCUCGAUGAUCUCGAUAUCACAGUGUCUGAGCCUGUGCAGAAGUAUUGGGUUCCAUCUCGUCCGUUGGCGGACAAGCUUUUUGAAACUUACCUUUUAGUCGCUCACCCCUAUUUCCCCAUUAUCAAUCGCUCCCUAUUCAGUGAUCAAUAUAGAGCCUUCUUUGAUAGCUUUGCGCUUCCCGGUAACAAAUGGAUGGCAAUUUUGAAUCUGAUAUUUGCUGUUGCUGCGAACUUUGCUCACGCCGCUGAGUUGGACUGGCGCGGAGAUCCUCAAGAUCAUCUGGUUUACUUGACCAGAGCUCGAAUGCUCAGUAUGGAUGGUGAUGACUUGUUCCAUCACCCGGACCUCCAGCAAGUCCAAGUGGAAGGCCUAAUUGCUUUCUAUCUGCUGUCAACGGACCAGAUUCACAGGUAG